GCAUACUACUGGGGUCCAAUUUUCUGCUCUAGCCUUUACAAACACCUUUUGAUUUGAAUAUCGAUCCCAAGUUUAUCUCCUUCUCUGGAGCAUAGUGAUCUUUUUAUAUCCAAAUGGACCAACGUUGCUGUGAAUACAUGCGCUUGUCUUCCCUCUUUCAGAGUGACCGUUUCCAGUCAGGCAUCCCUGCAGACGUUCAUCGCCCCAAGGCCCAGACUUCGGCUCAAAACUCCUCUCCCUCCAGCUUCUACUCACUUUCAUCUCGCCAACCCCUGGAGAAGCAGAGACCUCUCGUUGACCAGCUCCUAGCCACGCAAUCGGAGGGCGACCUUCUCCUGGGCGCCCUGAGGCAGUAUCUCUCUGGGCGCCUGUCACUGCACGGUGGUGGGGUGAGCCCAGAGGAGCCCGGGGCCCCCUCGUCUCGCCUGAGGCCCUCCUUCAGCAGCGCAGUAGAAAAUCCUGGGCUCAGAAAAGAGACAUCGAAUUCCAGGCUCGUGAAGAUGGGGAGAACUCAAGGGGCUUCAGUCAAGGAGCCGCUCUCGUCUGUGGACGAGAGGUUCAUUGAGAAAGUUUUGAAGAACGUUGGAAGGCAGCACGUGGACGUGGACAACCUGUCGCUGCAUGACCUGGAUCAGCUGUCCAGCCUGAUAGCUGACGCUCUGCAGGUGGUCGACAAGGACCAAGGACUAAACAGGGGCCUGACGCAGGCUAGAACUAGACCAAGAGACCUGGGAGAGCUGAGGAAUGAUGAGGAAGAAGAAAAAGAGGAGGAGGCGGCUGCCAGAGAUGAGGAAGAGGAGAAGCUGUUGGCAAAUGCUCCAACGCUGAAACCUCAGGGGAGCACUCCUAUAGUGCCGGCAGAGCUUCAAGAGCGCCACACGGAGGCUGAAGAGCAAAAUGUGAAGGACACGGCUGAGGACGGAAGCCUGCUCACCAAACUUCUCGCCUUCUUGGACAAAACCUCCCUCAACGCCUCCCCGUCAGCAAGAAACUGGCAUGAUGUUGCCAUGGAGACACCCAGAGGCCAACCGGUGGGGCUGGAAAACGUCCAGAGUCGGACCAGCCAGGUUGGAGUAGCGGUGCAGAAGAAGGACGCUGCUCAGUCUGUUGAGGAGGUGUCGGAGGUGCAGGGCUGGAUCAAGGAGGUGGCGCCCCCUCCUGCCGCGCUCGUGUACGAGGAGCCGCACAAGAAGACGAUGCAUGUUCCAGAACUUCAACUGGACGUCAAAGACAGCAGGAAGAAGGCUGAAGAUGAUGUCUUCGGUUACGUUAUCACAGACACAGAUGGGCUCCAGACGGACGAAGGCCUCCACCUGAUGGAGAUCCUGGCUCGCAGGGCCAGAAUCCAGAUGACUGACUUUGCCGAGCUCUCGGUGGUGGGCCCCGCUGUGACCUUCAGAGUGAGCCCGAACGCUCAGAACGUCAGCACCGCAGAUGUGGCCAACGUGGCUGUUAAGCAGAAAGUGGAUUUGGAGAAGGAAGCCAAGCUCAGCAUCCUGGAGGCCGGAGUCACUGACGGGAGCCAGAUCAACCAGAUCCCCACCAAGUACAGCCAGGCGGAGUCGACCAAGUUCCUCAUCCUCACCGCCGUGUCCAUCCUGUGCAUCGUGGGCGUGCUGCUGGCCUCCACCGUGGUCUACUGCCUCCGCCACCGCUCGCACCACAAGCUCAAGGAGAAGCUCACCAACCUGGGAACGGAUACGAGCAGCGAUGCUACCGCCACCUAUCAGGAACUGUGUCGGCAGCGUAUGGCGGUCAAACCUCCCGCCGAGCGGCCGGAGCCCAUCUCCUCCCGGAUCAACAGCGUGUCGUCGCAGUUCAGCGACGGCGGUCAGGCCCUCAGUCCCUCGGCGAGGAGCAGCGUCUCCUCCUGGAGCGAGGAGCCCGUCCACUCCAACAUGGACAUCUCCACCGGUCACAUGAUACUGUCCUACAUGGAGGAUCACCUGAAGAACAAGGACCGCCUGGAGAAGGAGUGGGAGGCGCUGUGUGCUUACCAGGCGGAGCCCAACGCCUGCACCGUCGGCCUGAAGGACGGCAACGCCAAGAAGAACCGCUCCGCCGCUGUUGUGGCAUAUGAUCACUCCAGAAUCACCUUGAAGGUGGAGAACAGCCAAGGCAACUCCGAUUACAUCAAUGCCAGCCCCAUCAUGGAUCACGAUCCCAGGAACCCGGCUUACAUCGCCACUCAAGGCCCCCUGCCCUCCACUGUGGCCGAUUUCUGGCAGAUGGUUUGGGAGAAUGGCUGCGUGGUCAUCGUCAUGCUGACGCCUCUCGUCGAGAGCGGGGUGAAGCAGUGCUACCAUUACUGGCCCGACGAGGGAUCGAACCUGUACCACAUCUACGAGGUCAACCUCGUGUCCGAACACAUCUGGUGCGACGACUUCCUGGUUCGGAGCUUCUACCUGAAGAACAUGCAGACCAACGAGACGCGGACCGUCACCCAGUUCCACUUCCUGACCUGGCUCAACCAGAACGUCCCGGAGACCAGCCGCACGCUCCUCGACUUCCGCAGGAAAGUUAACAAGUGCUACCGGGGACGCUCGUGUCCUAUCAUAGUCCACUGCAGUGAUGGUGCAGGACGGUCUGGGACCUACGCCCUGAUCGACAUGGUCCUCAACAAGAUGGCUAAAGGUGCCAAGGAGAUUGAUAUUGCAGCGACUCUGGAGCACCUGCGGGACCAGAGGCCAGGAAUGGUUCAGACCAAGGAUCAGUUUGAGUUUGCGCUGACGGCUGUGGCGGAGGAGGUGAACGCCAUUCUGAAAGCUCUUCCGCAGUAGGAAGGAGCACCUCCUUCUGACGCCCCCCGUACUCCUCUUCUCCUCCCCCUGUCCUACCUGGAGGAGGGUCCCUGUUAUUCCGUUUUGUGUCCUCCUCCGAUUCUUUCCAUCCCCUUGUUUCUUCUCAUAUUUGUCAUCUCAGUCUCACCGCUCCUCCCCCUUUUCUCCUCCAUUCGGCCCUUCGCUCCUGCAGCCAAUCUCCAUCUCUCGCCUUUCGUCCCAUCUCCUCCCCUCCUGUUGUCUCCUCCUCUCCUUCCAUCUUGGGUGAGGAGUCAGUCCUGUACAUAGGUGUAGACCUUCCUUCUCCUGUAACGAUCCACGCAGCCUGUUUUCCAAAGUGACGUUUCACAGCUUUUAAACACAUUUUGAUAGAUUGGUAAAACAAAGAUGUUCCUCUAUGUUCUUCUAAGAGUAUAUUUAUAUAGUUUCUGAUUAUUAGAUGAGCAUUGACCUGACGGGCGUCAGUUGGGUAAAGCUAGGUCGGCAGUUAGCAUCCGGAGCUACAAUCUGAAACACAACAUGUUGACGAUUGGUUUCCUAAAAUCAAAAUGCAUCAAGUCCAAAUGGAAUAAAUCAAUUGAUGUGAAUUUAAAAUAUAUUUACCCGAAUAUUUGCCGAAGUGCUUUAGCGAACUGACGCCGCAGAUUGGUCGUAGAUUCGAGUGAGUGUACGAUGUUGAUCAUCAUUCGUGUUUUAGUGCCAUGCUUUAUUUUCUAAAUCAGUUUUCAUUCAAUAUGCUGCAGUGUCUCCCCCCCCCCAUCGGCCCUGAGACAAAACACGAGUGGCUUUAUUUUUUCGUAAAAAUUAAGUGGUGAAACAUUAUAAUGCAUCCCAUUUAUUUUGAAAAUAAAAUACGAUGCUCCGAUUGGAAACGAGAUGAAAACAGCAUGGAUAUAAUUAUUUUUUGUUUUUUGACGUGUAAUUCUUAUCAUCCGAGUAGUAGCAAUAUUGUGGUUUCUUCAACAUGAGUCGUCACCGAUAUUGUGGCUUGUCAGUGAAGUAACACUAAUGUCUGCCUUAAUAAAAACACAAUAGACAAA